CAUUACAGUGUGCAGAGCAUCCCUCCUCAGAUCUUCCAGCAGGAGCAUCUCUAUUACAACAGAGCACAAGGAGGCAACAGCGAGAGCCAUUGCUACUACAGGUGUAGUGACAAAAAGCAGUCACAUUAUUGACAGUGUUAUAGUAGCAUAUCAGAGACCUAAAAGGCUUCAGCGUAGAUGCAUCUUCCAGUGUGGCUGAAAAACAUGCGACGGCCGUGUUACGCGUAUCUGUUGCUUGUCAUCUACUCCCUUGUUCAGACAAAUGCAUUGACAACAUGUGGAACUAAGCAGUUCCAGUGUGGGAAUGGGAAAUGCAUCACGGUCAGAUGGGUGUGUGAUGGCACAGAUGACUGUGGAGACGGCACAGAUGAACUUCCUGGUACCUGCUUGGCUAAAACGUGUAGGCCCUCAGAAUUCAGUUGCAUGGACCGUCUUAACCAGUGUAUACCCAGCACCUGGCGCUGUGAUGGAAAAGCUGACUGUCAGAAUGGAGCUGAUGAAGAAACCUGUGUGCCCAAGCAGUGCAUAGACACCGAGUUCCGAUGCAGGAACGGUCAAUGCGUGUCUGCCUCCUUCGUGUGUGAUGAUGAGGCAGACUGUGACGAUGGCAGUGAUGAGGCCUCCUGCCCGCCUGUCACCUGCAGCGCUACAGCUUUCCAGUGCAACAACACUGUUUGUGUACCGCGGCUGUGGGCCUGCGACGGUGACACCGACUGCCCCGACAGCUCAGACGAGUGGCCCCAGAACUGUGGUACAAAGAGACCUCCCUCUGCUGCCACUCAUCAGUGCUCCUCCCUGGAGUUCCGCUGUGGCAGUGGAGAGUGCAUCCAUGGUAGCUGGAAGUGUGAUGGAGGAGCUGACUGCCUCGAUCGAUCGGAUGAAGCUGACUGUGCUCGUCCCACCUGUCGUCCUGAUGAGUUUGAAUGCGGUGAUGGUACUUGCAUCCAUGGUAGCCGUCAGUGCAAUCAUCAAUAUGACUGCAGGGACAUGAGUGAUGAAAUGGGCUGUAUCAAUGCGACCCACUGUGAUGGCCCAAACAGGUUUAAGUGCCCAAGUGGGGAGUGUAUUAGCAUGGAGAAGGUGUGUGACAUGCAUCGUGAUUGCAGGGAUUGGUCAGAUGAGCCUUUGAGGGAAUGUGGCUCCAAUGAGUGCCUGUACAACAACGGUGGCUGCUCUCAUAUCUGCAAAGACCUGAAAAUUGGCUUUGAGUGCCUGUGUCUUGCUGGAUAUAGCCUGGUUGACAAAAAAUACUGUGAAGAUAUUGAUGAGUGUGCAAGCCCGGACACCUGCAGCCAGAUCUGCAUCAACCAGAUAGGCAGUUACAAAUGCGAGUGUGAGGAGGGUUACCAAGUUGACCCGGCAACCAAAGCCUGCAAGGCCAUCGGCACAAUAGCCUACCUUUUCUUUACCAAUCACCAUGAGGUCAGAAAGAUGACUUUGGACAAAAGUGAGUACACCAGAGUUAUCCCUCGUCUAAAGAACGUUGUGGCUCUGGACAUGAACAUGGCCACCAAAGAAAUCUACUGGUCAGACAUGUCCCAGAAGAAAAUCUACAGAGCUCAGAUGGACUUGGCUGAAGACUCAACUCAUCACAGCGUAGUGAUUGGCAGCGACACUGAUGCUCCUGAAGGCAUCGCCUUUGACUGGAUCCAUGGUAACCUGUAUUGGACUGACAGCAUUCGCAGCACCAUCUCUGUGGUAACUGCUGAUGGUAGCCGUCGUAAAACUCUCUUUCACCAAGACUUAUCGAAACCCCGCGCAAUUGUGGUUGACCCCCACAGCAACUUCAUUUACUGGACAGACUGGGGAAAUCCUGCUAAGAUUGAGAAAGGAGGUCUUAAUGGAGGAGACCGCACUGCUCUGGUCACUGACAACAUUGUGUGGCCUAAUGGCAUUACACUUGACCUGUUGAACCAGAGGCUCUACUGGGUAGACUCUAAGCUACACACCCUCUCCAGUAUUGAUGUGCAGGGUGGUGGUCGACGCACCCUCAUCAUUGACGAACACAAGUUGGCUCACCCACUGGGACUCACUGUGUUUGAGGAGAGAGUGUUCUGGACAGACGUGAGUAACAAUGCCAUCCUCAGUGCAAACAGGCUAACUGGUGAUGACAUUGCACCAGUGGCAGAGCACCUAUCAUCACCAGAAGACAUUAUUCUCUACCAUAACCUCAAACAGCCUGCUGGGAGGGACUGGUGCAAGGUGUCCAAUGGCGGCUGUGAAUUCUUGUGCCUGGGAGCUCCUCAAGUGGGCAGACAUCCCCCCAAAUAUACCUGCGUCUGUCCCGAUAACAUGAUGCUAGCUGGAGAUAUGAGGACAUGCAUACCUGCUGUGCCAAAACCUGCAGCUCCUGUGCAGCCUCUAGUUCCACCUGCCAGCACCCCUCGUCUGCCACCAGUGCCACUCAGGACCACACCCAUGACCAAUCUCAGGACCACACCCAUGAACACACUCAGGACCACAGCCAAACAUCAGGUCCAUACCACCAUCACAGUGCCUAUCAUAAUCACCAGCUCUACGGCCAAGCCAGUACCACGCACAACCAAGCCUUUGGUCAGGACCACCACACCUCAACCGAAGACCCCCUCUCCCCAGCCAGUGAAUACUAAAAUUUCCCAGACUAACACAGAGGCUCCAGUCACAUCUCUAGAAAACCAACAUGAAUUUGCUGCAGCCAUACCCAAGACUGCCUCCACCACCCCAAUAACUCUGUACAUUGUCUUACCUCUGGUAGUGAUUGUUUGUCUAGUGGCUGUUUUUGGCAUGCUGCUAUGGAGGAACUACAGGCUGAAGAACACCAACACGAUUCACUUUAACAAUCCUGUCUACCAGAAAACCACUGAGGACCAAGUGCACAUUUGGAGGAGCCACAGCCCUGACGGUUACUCCUACCCAAAAAGACAAGUUGUGAGCUUGGAUGAAGAGGCAGACAAUCCAGCCUUCACAGAAAACUGAAAAAUGUCAGCAUAAUGGAAAGAGCCUCAAUGAUAAGCUACUUUGGAUGUCCUUUUGUAUUUUGACCUCACUCACCACAAAGAUAUGGAAGUCAGAGCCAGUAUCAGACAAGCUUGAACCACUAUAUCCUUACGGACAAACAUACGCUCUACAGUUGCAAAAACCCAAUGUGAAACAUUUUCUUCAGGUUGCACAUAUUUUUUCCAUCCACCAAAUCAUACCAAAUCAUCAAAAUGAUGGAUUCCUCAGUCUAAAGUUUUAACUUGUUAUCCAAACUGUGAUCAUGGUGAUAUACCUGGAGAACUGUGUCAUUGUUAAAGCCACAUCAUGACUUGCUGCAUGCUUCAGAUUAACUGAACUCAUUUGAUGCAACUCAUUUGCGGGAAUUCCCUAUAACUCAUGUUGCGUAGAGUUCAGAAAUGAGUAUUGUAAAUAUCACUGUUUAUUAUUUUUGUCUUCCAGUGGUAAGUGACAAGCUGUUAACGGAAAAAUUAUAUCUCGAACUUUUUAUAGUUUAAAGCAAUAGUAGUCAUUUUGGGAAAUACGCAUAGUCACUUUCUUGUCUUAGAGUGAAGCUAUCACCAGCAGCAGUUAUUUUAGUUUAGCACAAAGACAGGAAACAGGAAAACAGCUAGCCUGGCAUAGUCCAUAGUUUAUCCAUAGUUUAAAAUAGUCGCCAACCAGCACUUCUAAAGCUCACUAACUUGCUACUUGGUACUGUGUGAUUGUCAUUAAACCAAGAAAUAGUUACAGAAUAUAACUUCUUGUAAAACCACACCACUCAUUUUUACAUUUAUGUUUUUGUAGAGAUUAAACAAAUUAGAUAAAUUAGUGUGAUUUUGAGGUGUUGGUUGAUAGAUUUUUUAACCUUUGGACAGAACUAGGUUAGCUGUGUACCUGUUUCCAGUCUUUAUGCUAAGAUUACAUUAGCAAAUGGCCUUAUGGCUCUAACUCCAUUUUUAAUGGAGACAGAGUGGAACCAAUCUUCUCAUCUAACUCUCAGCAAGGAAGCAAAUAAGUGUUUUUUUCCAUAAUAUCAAACUGUUCCUUUUUUUGGUUCACUGGAAACAAGAAAAUCUAAUCGGUUUUAUCCCAAAACAAACACUAACAAUAGAGCUGAUUUAAAGUUGAGCAUUCAGUAGGUGAAUGUAACACUAAUAGGAUUCUGCAUGUGUCAAUUUAACCAGUGUGACCUAAGUAAGUCCCAUGAUUUCAUCAUAAUUUUUACACCAGCAAUUGCCUCAGUAGUAGUGCUAAAAUAUCAUCCAGGAGGACCUAAAGUCACUGCUAUAGGUAACCUCAAAGAAAACACACUACACACUGUGCCUUGAAUAAUUACACUCUGAAAGCCUUCAGUUUUCACUUUUCAUCAUAUGCCUUUUGUGCCAGUUGGUCACACUCUCUUUCAGCAGCUUGUCUGUAGUUUCUCAGUUUCUCUGGACACUUGUUCCGCUCCAUUCUCCUUAUUUGUGGUCGGCUGUCUCUGCAUUGGAUAGUCAUCUCUAAAUUUUCCUUCCCUCUCAGGAAGACUGGUGCAUUCCUCAAAGUCAGAAAAGGUUUGAUGUAGCCAUGUGUGAGCAAUGGGGCCUUGUCUAAUGCUCUGUACCAUGGCACGUGUAUAUACUUACUUCCUCUCUUAGGACUAGAACAUCAGCUUGACUUAUUCCAGCAUUCCUGCAAAACAAAGCCAUGUGCCCUAUCACUUUUUUUUUUUUAAAGACACAUUUCUCAGCAGCUGUUUGAGCUCAUUUAUUUGUAUUGCUGAUAAAUAUGUGCCUUUUUAAUUACAUGUUGUGUUCACAUGUUCGUGUUGGUGGUAUUGAACUCAGUGGAUCUGUGUAAAAUCAACGUGUCUGCCUGUUUACAAUGAAUUGUUUGAGGAAUGUGGCAGCAUUAUAUGCAGGUGAGGUUAUACCUAACAAAGAUGUUAUUGUGAUGUGAGUUGAUGACCGUUGCGAGGCUUCUUGUUAGAGAAACUAAUGCAUAAGUGCUAGUGAAACUGUACAUAAAUUCAAAUUCACAGACUAACGUGCAGAAUAAGUGUGUAAAUAUAAUGUUCAUACAUGUAAAUAUUUGUUCUUUACUUUUUUCAGUAAUGUCAGUGUUUUAUCCUUUGUUGUAAACUUUAAACAUUUGCUGUACGUAAGUAAAUGUUUCUAUUUAUUAUAGAAUUGGGGCUCUUUUGGUUAAGUUUUUUAAAGACUCCAGUCUGAAUUUACUUUGAUGCAUAACUUGUUAACAGUCAUAUCAGACUUGUUUAUUCAGUGUUGACAUACCUAAUGCUCAUGUUAGGUUUUUCCUCACGUUCUCCACAAUCCUUCAAGUAAUGCAGCAGCAAGUAGUAACUGGAUACAGAAAAUAAGAAAACAAAAGGAUACAGAAAACAAAAUUUUAAAAUCAGUCAUUUUUCAUACUAUUUAUCCAUUACUAGCAGCAAACUAUUUCAACUCUUUAUUACUUUUAACUAUAUCGUUCAGCUAAAUAUUACUUUUAAUUAGUUUCAGUGUCAAGGCUGAUGAAAGCAGCACAGGCAGGGAGGACCCAAAUGCAGACUCAAAGGCAGGCAGAUUCAGUGAAGAUACUUCAAUGCAAAGCUUACAGGCAGAUGGGUUGACAAGCAGACAAGCAGACAAGCAGGAAGACAGGCAGGUAGAGGUAACAGGAUAAUACUCGCUGGUAGCAGGAAAACAGGGAAAACCACAGAAACAUAAGCAGAUGAUCCGAGAGAACUGGUGAAAAUGGUAACUUUAAAUAGUUGCUUGGGUGAUGAGCGGAACCCGGUUGCAGUUGUGUGAAUGGGGAGGGAAGUUCAGGUGAUCGGAGGUGUGGAACAGGUGAACAAGUGGAAUAGUAAACAGGAAAGAAAUCUGGUGGGCGGAUGAAGAGUGGCAGGUCUGAAAGGGGGAACGUGUAGAUGAAGAGAAGUUGGAGGGCUGGAACGGGCCAAGUGGAACUAGGAAGCAGACAGUGACAUUUAGCUAACCAUUUCAAUUGUUUAUCCAUUACUUUUAGCAAACAGUUUGAGCUGUUAAUCGAUCAGUUUUCGCUAAUUAUUUGAGCUGUUAAGCCAUCAGUUUUAGCUACCUAAUUCAAUCAUUUAUCCAUUAGAUCUAGCUAACUAGUUCAGUUGUUUAACCUUUACUUUUAGCGAAGUAUUUUAACUAUUUAUUCAUGAGUUAGUCUGCUUGCUUGCUUUUUUCACACCCUCAGGUUGAUAGACAAUACUGUUAUUUUGAAUUACACGUUAGUAGCAUCACCGCAAAGAUGUGGAUAGACAUCUUUAUAUCAACUAAAAAUUACGAUUUUUAGUUGAGUUAGUUGAGUUUAGUUCGGUUCAUUUUUUUAGCUUUCCACAUUGACUGUCUAGUUGGGAAGCACUUCCUGUACUACAAUACUGGGUUACACACGUUUUUUACCACUUUUUUCCCUUUCUUUUGCCCCUAUCUGGUGCAAAGUACUUUAGUGGCAGAAAAAAGGGUUUGAAAAAUGUAAAAUGCACCCUCUUCGACUAUUACAAAGCUUUGGUAUGCAGACAUGGCUAAAAACGUGAAGAGAGGGGUUUUUUUUCUUUUCUUUUCUUUUUUUCCUCUUUUUUUUCUGUGGGUCUGGCUGUGCUUUUGUACAUCUAUGGAAUGCAAGACCUUUUUCCCAGAAAAUCCAGACGUCAUAGUGAAAGGCAAAACCACAGUUUCUUAGAAAUUCUCCAGCACUAUGAGAUCACAUGUUGGAAAAAAAACAUUGCUCUGUGUAUGAAAGUCUCCUUGAUUUUCAUUUAUUUGCACAUAAAAUUAAAAGAUAUAAUAACUCAUACAUGAGACCUGGAUAGUCUAAAUAUAGUCACAAUACAUUAAAAAUUAUCCCACAUAAUUUGGUAUUAUUCACUUUUUCGUUCAGAUUUUGAUCAUAUAGUUUCAUCAUCAGUAUAUAAUUUUGAUAAAGCAUUGUCAAUUUGAGUAACAUUGUAAAUUGCCAGUUGACGUGCUUUUUAUAAACCAACAGUAUAGUACAUUGAUUGAUUGAUUGUGUUGACGGAUUUGUGUUUGCACAAGCAGAAGCAGAGAGAGAAACGUUCCCAUGACUCCAGGCUCAGCUUGCUAGACAUGUUCAUGAGCAGUUUGAAAUGUGUUUAUUCAUGUUUUAAUGCACACAAUUUUUUUUUUAAAUCAUCAAAAUCCAUGUUUUGUGGUAGAUUUAAGGGUACUCCAGAAAACAGUUACCUUAGAAGAGAAGGGAAACAAACAGCUCUAUGACCCUAAAGAUCUGUGGUCAAACCCACCAGUAGGCAUGUCACGCGUAAUGCUCAAGGCUGAGUAAGAGUGGAAGUGUUGAGCUGAUAACAAUAAGAUGCAGUGAAACAUCAAUAGACAUGUGAGCAAAAUAUACAGAUAAGAAAACAAGCAAUUCAUAGUGACUUUCAGACUGCUCUCGAGUGAAAAUUUAAACACUGUAAAUGAUUUUUAAUACCCAUAUAUUCAUCAUCAAACAGUGUGAAUCUUUCCUGAUUCUCAGGACUCAUUGUCAAAUCAGUUAUUGAGACUCCCAGUCCUGUAAUACGAUUUGUUUUUGUUUGGACAGAACGAAGAAAUGUUUGUUUUUCAAAGAAAGGCUUCAUCUGAAUCCCUUGACACUAUUAAUCAUUAAUUUAACCACAGAAGGUCACAUGUGACAGGCUGCAUCAUUCCAGUUACUUUCCACAGAUGAAAGGAAUAAAU